AAUAUUAAAUAUAUUUUUUUCCAUUUUACAAUAACUUUACUAGAAAGUGUCAGUUGUAACAAAAAAUGAUAAAAAUUCUAUCAAUCUCAGAAUAUUUAUUUUUAUAAAAAAUAGCUUAGCUAAAUAUACAAAGAUAAAGAUUUUUAUUAACAUUAUUUUUAUCCACUGUAUCCUAAAAAAUUUCAAAUGUGUAUGUAUAUAUGUGCGGGUGUAGUGCACGCGCACGUAUGUAUGUGUGUAUGUAACAUGCAUCUUCAUUAUAACUUUACUUCUUCCUUUAAUGUGAGCUCAUUUGCCUCGUUAAGAAAAUAGAACACAGAGUAAGGAUGCGAACCAAUGUAAAGUAUAAUUCUAGGGAACGUACGAACGUAUACACUAGAACGUAAAUGGUUGAAUAGAUCGAUAAGUAUGCUUCCUCGAGAGGCGCCUCACAAACGUAAAUUAGGGGCGCGAUAUAUCGGGGUGUGCAAUCACCGAAUGCAGAUGGCCGUUCCGGCGCGAAUUCGUAAUCCGAUAUUUUGAUUGCACGCGAACACGCGAUCGCUUUCGAGCUACAAGGUAGUCGAAAGGCCGUACCAAAUGAUAUAUAAGUCUUCGCUAUCCGAAAAUGGCCGAUUAUAGCAGCUUCUGUUGCCACCCUCGUGAUCUUCUCGAUAUCAGUCAGACUACACUUUACGACAUCUAUAAAAGACUGACAAAAUAAAAUCGGGAAAUUUUUUUAUUACACAUAUGCUAGCACGAAGAGAACUAUUGUUAUACUAACACUAUUUUUAAAAAUAUAAUUUUUAAAAGUCCUUUGAAAUAAUGCGAUAAUAUUUUCUGAUGUAAAAUGAUUUAUAAUAGUGUAAAUCUUGAGAAGUGAUAGAUUAAGUAACAUAGUAUCAAGUAUUAUUUAUUAUGUUUAAGGAUAAUAAUUAUAUAAAAAUUAAAACUUUAUACUAUAUUAUUAAAAAUUUUAAAAUAAAAAAUCUCUAUGUCCUUAUAUUUAAAAAAACUUUUAAAAAAUGUUUUUUAAUUAAACAUUUUUAUACUCUGUUUCAUCCUAUGUUAUAAAUACUAUCCCUCUACACUCAACACUUAUGUAUCGUGAAAUAAUCAUUAAGCCUUUUAUAUUCUCUACAGUAAUUAUUUUAUAUAAGUUGUAAUACAUGGUUGCAUUAUUUACUGCAUUUUAAAAAAUCAAUUCAAUUUACUAUAUGUUGUUAAUAUCAAUAAUAAAAAAACUGAAAUUACCAUACAAUACUAAUAUAACAUAAAAGCACAACAGAAUAGUUAUGAACAAGUCGCCUUUAUUCAUUUUUUUCUGACUUCUACGGUGUAAAUUCUCGCACUUAAAUACUAGAGUUCCCUAUCAAAACAGCAAUUACGCUUUUAUUUAAGCUUCAAGCUUAAGGUAAUAAAUAUAGUGUAUGCAGCUAAUUUGAUGGAAAACCUUGUACUACGAUUGGCACAUUCCCGUACAUUAUUUUAUUAAUUUUCUGUCAGAUCCAUCAAGGUCCAUAACAAUCGAUCAGCUAUCCAAACUGUUUUGAGGAAACAAGAAACUUGCUCCCCAAAUUUACUUUAUCUUACUCGCCUGUAUGUUUGCCACUGUUAUACCCAACGUACACGCGAGAAGUCUAAAGACCUGAGCGUAUGUAUGUAUAAACAGAAUCGUGUUAAACUUCUCCUAAAGCACUCGCCAGUCUAAACACGAGAAACACAGGAACUUGGAUAACUUCGGCUACUGUUACGUCUAGCACUGUUACAUGCAACAAAAUAACUAAUGUUUUAAUUAUCCCCAACUCACCCCAACAGAAAAACACACUUUAAACAAUCCUUAAACUUUUGCCCAAUCUUGAUUUCAUCUUUUAUCGUUAUAAACUUCGUAAUUAUUUUAAUAUUAUUAACUUUAAUAUUGUAUAUAAUGUAUGUUAAGUUAAAAAAUAGAAGAUGACACAUAAAUGAAACAAACUUGUUUCGGUGCUACAGAAGUGCAAAUUCUAGAAUGUUUUCUUAUUUUUCCUUUUUUUCUUUGCUAUUUUACUUUUUGCUUCUUUUAUUCUUUCUUUUAUAUUUUUAUAUCUUCUUUCUCUCCUUCUUUAUUUUUCUUUUUAUUUUUCUUAUUUUUUACUUAUUAUUUCCUUCAUCUUCUCUCAUAAAAUCCUUCUUUCUUUUCUAAACUUUUUAGCUCUUCUUUAUUUUCUCUUUUUGUUUUUUUUUCUUUUGAAAAUAAAUCACCAGGUAAUUCAAUUAUGCCAAUGACUGCACUUACCUGCGCUCAAAUUCUAGCUCGGAGUACGGCAUGGUAAAUAGACAUUAGUAGGCCAUGUCUAUCGUUCCCACCUGGCGUGUCUCUUUUCGGACGUUUCGAAUUGACACCUUAGCGUGCACGACCGGCCUAAACGUUCCGAUGCGACGUAUUUUCAUGAGAUACCUGCACGCAUAAGUGCCGCAUAUCAGAUCCUAUAUAAAGGAACGUGCGGAUUCCGGCACGAUCUCAAUUGAUAUCCGAUAUUCUGCCAGCGUAGUACCAAUGGGUGACAUCUGGCUGCAAAAUUACUCUUACCGGAGAAACCGUUUCUUACAUUUUUAAUACUCGAAUCGUGCAUAUUGCACAAAAUAAAAAAAAUAAUAUCGUCAAAUAACAAAUUGAAGAAAUUAAACAAAGUUAUAAAAUCAUUAAAUGCGUAAAGAGAAAUAUUCGUAUUACUGUUACGUGUACCUAAUGUUAUUUAAAAACUAACAAUAAAGAAAAUAAAAACUAAUUUAUAAAACCAAUUGUAGCAAACCAAAUUAAUGUUUAUGCAUAUAUUGUAUAAUAGAAUUUUUCUUUAUAUAUGUAAUAUAAUAUUAUAAAAUAAUCAACACUCAACUGAUACUUUCAAUAGCGUCAAUACUUUUAGUAUUAUAUAAAUUAAAAAUAUAUUUGAAGAAGAGAAUGUUGCUGUCGACUCGAGCAGCUCGAUAUGCUGCUCUUAUGGCUGAACCCGACGAACUCUAUCCAGAAAGGAUACUCUACCCACGUAAUACGAGAGCCCUACCAAAAACAUCCGUUAUCGGAGGACAACCUAUCGAAGAAGAAACGUGCAUGACUUUAAGAACGCUGGUCUUUGGUUCUUGCGCAAGUCCACCUAAAGUUGAAUGGGCAAGAACUGGAUUGACUUUGCGACCAUAUGGUCAAAGUUUAGCAUUUGGAUUGAGAACGCCCAGAAACACAACAAGAGGCCUCGUCACCGCAGUUCAAGCUGUUAUGCUAAAGCACUUUUUGUUCAAAUGCGACAGGCAAGAUCUACGUGCAAAUCCCGAGACCUUGUUGAAACCUUCAUACGAUCGACAGAUCGAAGUGUUGACUUCUGCGAUAUCGGAGAUUAUUUGGCGUUGUGCAGGUGGCUUCUCUGUGUCUACAUGUCCAAAUGUCGUCAACAACAUUGUGCCAAAGGCCAUAGUAGCUUUACCACAGGAUACACCAUAUCUUCAACAUAGUGUACACUAUUUUCAAGAUGGUUUAACAGAAACGCUGCAUCUUUUUGAGUUCAAUUCCUUGGAGGAUCUUGAGAUAUUUGUCAAGAGAUACUUGUACUUGUUUCACGACGAAGGUGGACCUGGAGCAAAGUUACUUUUAUAUAGUGCAGUACUUUCAAGAGGCCUUUCAAAAAUUCGAGCCGAUUUAGAAGAUCCAAAGACAUCGAUCCUUGGAGGAUGUUCGGAAGAGGGCCCGAUCAGUGUUAUCAUUUUGGUUUUAACUGGUCGUGCUUCACCACAUCUUCACAACGGAGUGGUUCAUGUUGGUGACGAAAAUACAUACGCUGUACCGCAAUGGGGCGUUCUUAUAAGAAGCGAAGUGGGAUUCUUAGUGCACGAAGGCGAUAUAAGCAAUAUAAGCAAACAACCCGGUUCUCGAUUAAAGACUCCCAGUCUUCCAAUAUGGGUGACUCUUUGUCUCGGUCAUCACGGCGUACUCUUCAAUACGAAUCGAGAAUUAUUAAGGAAUUAUCAUGCAGAACGACGGUUCGAAGUACAAUAUUUCACCUGCGGUGGCAGUCACGCUACGUUGACGGUGGAUACCAGGGCAAAUGAAGCUUCCGGGGGAUCAGAUGCUGCUGCAACAAUGGAAACCGCGGAUAUCGCUGCGACACCGUUAGAGAAACUCAUUCGAUCCAAGUGGCAGGAUGCCCUCAUACAAUGGAACGGAACGCCAGUGAUGUGAAGGAUACGAAAGGAUGACAAUCAGACCUGCUCUUCCAUGUUAGGUCAUGUAUCCGUGGUUCCGCGUGAUGCUAAUCGAUCAGUGCUUAUCGAUCACGCGCUUAUUCCAGCAAAGGCUUCUAAUUAUCAUUAAUGAUAUAAGUCUCCGUAGAAAUUAUAUAUGUCGCAAUGUCUAACGUAUUUCACAAUUUUUAAUGUGUAAUAAAAUUCUCCUUUCUUAGUAGAGAUAGCAGUUCUUUGUAGAUAUUUGUGUAACGAUUAAGAAGCUUUGAAAUAUUUCAAUUAUCAAUAAAUGCAGGCUGUGUUAAUAAA